AGAAACCGGUGAGAUAAGCUUGGUUUUGGCCUUCUUUUCUUGCUCUAGAACACAAAUUGAACCCAGAAAUUCUCCCCCCCUGCUGGAAAAUCCGGAUCUGCUUUGCUCUGUCCGCUGGCUGCUCUUGUUGUGGGGGCAAAUUGCUUGGGUUUUGGAUUUUGGGUGAACCCGUGAGCUUUCCCUGCAGCUUGCCGCCGGCUUCUUCCCCCUGCUAGGUCCAGUUCUUGCUGGAAAAUUAUGGAAGUGAAAUUGAGGACGGGGAAACCAUGGGAAGUGACGAGUUAGAAAGUUAGCCAUUUCGAGAUUGAUAUAGAUUUUAGAAUAAAUCAUGAUCUUAUAAUCUAGAGUGUAUUUGGAGAUUUUAUGAUAUCAAAGCAGAUUAUAAAAUUUGAUCUUCAGAUUUUGACGGUAUCAGAAUAUGGUAUGAUAAGUUUAGAGCCUCGUGCAUUUGUGGCUCGUGCAUUUGUGGGACCUUCUCACGAGUGCACGGUGUCUGCCGCAGCUUCGAAUUUGGAUUUUGGGACGUGACACUUAAUAUACAAAGAUUUACAUG